AUGGCUUGCAUUAGCAGUUCAGUUGGUUGUAGUGGCCCAUUCCUGGAACAAGCAGAGUCUUCUGUGUCCACCACAUCCCUUGACUCUUCCUUCUCCCCUCAACUCCAGGAACUGCAGAGCCGUCAGUUCUGGUGCCGCCUGCUGGCAGAGGCAGGAGGCACCCUGAUCUUCGUUUGGGUGGUGCUGGGCGCCUCGUCCCCUGUGAGCCCCAAAGAGGUGCUUCCUUCCCCGCUUCAGCCAGCCCUUGCUGCAGGGCUGGUAGCUGUCAGCUUGGCUCACUGCUUUGGCGACAUCAGCGGUGCCCAAGUCAACCCGGCGCUCACGGUGGCCUUCCUCUGCACCCGCAAACUGGACGCUCUGCACGCAGCAAGCUAUAUCCUGGCCCAGUGCUUGGGCGCCAUCUUAGCUUCAGGUGUCUUCUACCUUGUGUUGCCCACCUCAGCUGUGGGGCAAUUGGUCACCAAGGUGAGUAAGCUACACUCCUUUCUCCCUUCUUCUUUGGGACUCCCCCCACGUGAGGUGAGCAGCGAAGGGAACGCUGGACAGGCCUUGGGAAUGGAAGCUUUUUCCACUUUCCAGCUAGCUCUAACCAUCUUUGCUGUAGAAGACCAUCGGAGGCGUGAGUUGGGUGAGCCUGGAAUCUUGGCCAUUGGCUUCUCUGUAAUUGCAGGAGCACUAGCUGCGGGCACGUUCUCCGGAGGCAGUAUGAACCCAGCUCGGUCCCUGGGACCAGCUGUCGUGACAGGAAUCUGGGAACAUCACUGGGUGUACUGGCUGGGCCCCAUCCUUGGUGCAGUCCUUGCUGGUGUCUCCUACGAAUUCUUCUUUGCCAACAACGCUUCGCGGGAGAAGCUGGUUGCCUGCUUGACCUGCCGCGACAUAGAGAUCGUGGAGGCGGCCAGCAUGUCUCGUUCUUCUGUCUCCGCCGCUGCCAAGCCACCUUGCAAUGGGGAACACAGCACCGAAUAGAAGGCAACGCCUUUCCCUCUCCGGCUUCCUGCUGCUACCCCCAUGCAACAAAACUCCCUGCUCUUAUCAAGGCUUCCUUUGCCACUUUGUUGUUGUUGUUUAGUCGUUUAGUCGUGUCCGACUCUUCGUGACCCCAUGGACCAGAGCACGCCAGGCACUCCUGUCUUCCACUGCCUCCCACAGUUUGGCCAAACUCAUGCUAGUAGCUUCGAGAUCACUGUCCAACCAUCUCGUCCUCUGUCGUCCCCUUCUCCUUGUGCCCUCCAUCUUUCCCAACAUCAGGGUCUUUUCCAGGGAGUCUUCUCUUCUCAUGAGGUGGCCAAAGUAUUGGAGCCUCAGCUUCAGGAUCUGUCCUUCCAGUGAGCACUCAGGGCUGAUUUCCUUCAGAAUGGAUAGGUUUGAUCUUCUUGCAGUCCACGGGACUCUCAAGAGUCUCCUCCAGCACCAUAAUUCAAAAGCAUCAAUUCUUCGGCGAUCAGCCUUCUUUAUGGUCCAGCUCUCACUUCCAUACAUCACCAUAGCUUUAACUAUACAGAGCUUUUUCGGCAAGGUUUUUGCCACUUUACCCAGCUGCUAUCUUCCGUAUAGGAUCACCUGCGCUCUGGCACUAGGAUGGGACUGGAAUCUGAACCCCUAAAGAUGGCACAGCCUGACAUUGGUGGCACAGAGCACGGCCACUGGUUCUGGCCCCAACAUAGAGAGUAUGGCGGUCUCAUAGGCUAACACAAGCAAGAGCUGGAAACCAGGAUUCCUGGGUUCUCUUUGGGUAAGAUCCAGCGAGCUAGAACAUGGUGCUCUGGUUUCUGUGCCCAGGAUGAUGGACAUGGCAGACACGGAAAGGCCUGGAAACCAAGGCUGCUAGGUUCCAUUCUACACUCCGUUGGCGACUUCAUCAUGUAAAACCCUGGGCCAAGAAGUUGACAGAAGACAGAUCUGGGUUCAUUGG